ACCGAUAUUUCCGAGCUACCAUCUCUAGCUGCACAAGCCAAUUUUUUUAUUUUCCCUGGCAAAAAUUCACGUUUUUAACCGAAAAUUUGACUCACAGCAUCAUGGAAACCUCGAGCUCCAGUCCAGUAAAGCCCAGGAGAAAAGACAAGGACGAAGAUGGUCGUGCAGAGCAGGAGGAUUCCGCAGAUCAGGUGGGCGAGCCGCACAGGAAGCUUUUGCGCCUGGGCGACAUCCUUGAAACGAACGAAGUGCUCCUGAACGAGGCGUAUCAGCAACCGGAACUUACCAAGUGGCUCCAAACAGCCUGGACGGAGGAGAAGAGCCAAGGGACCAAGGAGACGCAAACCGGUGCUCAGGUCUUCUCGGAUCCCUUUCAAAUCUGCCUUCUGCCCGGCAUGCUGGAGAAGGGCCAAAGCCAGGCGCUGGUCGCCGAGAUCAUCCAGAAGGUGCAGUGGUCGCGCAAACAGAUGGAUUUGUAUGAGUUCUACCAGAGCGCCGACCUCUCCAACAUGCCCGCUUGCCGACUGUUGACCAACUUCCUGCAGGUGCUGCGCAAACAAGUGCGUCCCUGGCUGGAGAAGGUUACCAACCUCAAGCUGGACUAUGUGUCCGCCUCCUGCAGCAUGUACACCUGCGGCGACUAUCUGCUCGUGCACGACGAUCUGCUUAAGGACCGACAAGUGGCCUUCAUUUACUAUCUAUCGCCUUGGGAAGGAGCGGAGGAAUGGACGGAUGAGCAGGGCGGAUGCCUAGAGAUCUUCGGUAGCGACGAUCAGUGCUUUCCACAGUUUCCAGUGCAGCGAAAGAUCGCCCCCAAAGACAACCAGUUUGCCUUCUUCAAGGUGGGCUCGCGCUCCUUCCACCAAGUAGGCGAGGUUACUACAUUCGACUACCCGCGUCUUACCAUAAACGGAUGGUUCCACGGCGAUACCAAUGAGGCCUUCGUGGCCGACUCCCUGCGCGCCUUUCCCCGCCUGAAUUACCUGCAACCUGAUGGCCUUAAUAGGCCACCGCUUGGCCUGUUUCUAAACAACGUGUAUCUAAAGGGGGCCACCCGCCGGAGCAUCCAAAAGCGGAUCGAAGAAAACUCCGAGAUUUGUUUAUACGAGUUCUUCAAGCGAGAGAAAUUCGAAUUGGCCCGGUCGCAGCUGUUGGCCGAUUCGGAUACCUUGAAGUGGCGAAGACAGGGACCCGCAAACGCACACAACUAUGAAGUGCUGGAUUUGACAACAGCCAGAGGCACCAUACUGGAACUACUGCAACUGUUCCGUAGCCACGCCAUGUUUGAUUUGCUGCGAGAUUUCACCGAUCUGGAUUUGGCAGGCACCGAUGCCGAAAGUCCAACAUGCAGCGUGGAACUGCAGCGCUGGUCCCACGGCAACUACACAGUGCUGGGCGACGGUUUGACCAGCGAGGAGAACACUUUGGACCUGGUUUACUACCUGAACGCGGCAGAAGGAGCAGCGGUGAUCACAUACCUCGCACCCGACGCCGAAAUGCCAACAGCAAAAGCACCGACGGACGGAAGGCGAUCGGACUACGAUGACGAGGAAGAGGACGAUUCCGUUCUGCUUACUAUCACGCCGGUGGACAACGCCCUGAACAUAGUAUACCGGUGCGAGGGCACCACCAAGUUCACCAAAUACGUGUCGCGCAACACGCCCCUUGAAAAGGGACCUGUUUUUGUUAUUUCGUGCAGCUACAAGGAGUAGCAUGUGAUCCUGUUUCACAACAUGCGCACAAUUACUCGUCAAGGACUAUUAACAUUCAUACCGUUCUCCUGUACAGAAACUAAUUUACAUAAUAAACUUUAUAAAACACAAAUC